GGUUCUGGAUAAGUGAGGAAGACCGCAUGCGGCUUGCUGCGCUCAUGAGGCUAAUUCAUAAUCCCCAUCAAACAGAUUCCGCCUUGCCUGUGUGCAAACCAUCUAUCUCGACUUUGAGUAUGCUGUCGCCGAGCGUACCGACCAAACUAUGUGGUUGGUGCAUACUAGUAUCAACAACGAAUAUCGACGAGCCCUGGUUCGCCUCCGACACCUGGCGCAAAAUUCGGACAAGCAAAGGACCGAUAAGAUGGCCAACGAAAAGCGCAAUGGUGACAAGGACAAGAACAAGGGAGAGAAACAAACCACCCCAAAGCAGAAGGGUGACAAGCGCAAUGUGGAGCGACGGAAGUUUGGGGACAAGUAUCUGGGCUUUCUUCAUGUUGCUCAGGAGUUCUACAAGGGAUAUGUCCAGCGCCUCUCUGCACGAUACGACAUCCCUGAGUUAAAACGCAUUGCUCAAGGCGUCGAGGCUGACGGAUCCCCCAGCAGCGAUGUCAUCAGUCCUGUUCCCGAUUCGAUCUAUCCAAUGGUCAUCAGCUCUUGUCACUUCACUCUCAUCUGUCUCGGCGACCUGGCGCGCUAUCAGGUUCAGUCAGGCCUGAAAAAAUCGAGCUACAAGAUCGCACUGGCCUAUUACAGUCUUGCUCACGAUCUGAAACCCGAUUCCGGUUUCCCGUUCCACCAGAUGGGCAUGAUUAGCCUCGAGGAAGGCAAAGAUUUAGAUAUCCUCUACUACUUUUACCGGAGCAUCGCAACUGCCGAUCCUCAUCCCAAUGUGAAGCAGAAUCUUGAGUCCAAGUUCAAGGGCUAUUUCCAGCCGGAUAAGAACCCGCCUAAGAAGCAAGCACGUGGACCGAGCGAUGCAUUCGUCACCUGGUUUACCAAGCUUCAUGCUUCCUACUACAGGGACGAGACCAUGGCAGGCAGCGGAGAGCUUGAAAGGGAAGUCCUUCAUCGGCUUGAUAUGGCUUCUAAGAACCCCGACUAUUCUGAGGUUCUAUUCAGGAUGUCCCUGAUCAACAUGUCGAGCUACUUCAUCGCCACUCAGAAAUAUACCGAGGCACAGACACAGGCAGCUUCACGCUUUUGUCACCAUACCUUGCGCAUCAACGCUCAAUUUAUUCUUGCAUUUUGCUCGGCACUCAUCUCUGAGCUCACCAAUAUUGUCGGCCGCGAGAAUCCUGCUUCCGAGGACCCAGCAACGGCCAAAUCAUCCCCCGUGAUCGAGGCACUUCUACCUCUGCUUCGUAUAUAUGGCAUGUGGCUGGCUGCACGCCGUCAGGAAAUAUUCGCGGCUGGUAAAGCUCUUGGCACCGUACUGCCAGAUAUGAUGAAGGCCAUCUCAAAGGUCCUCUCAUUGCUAUGCAACGAGACAUAUACCCAGGAAAACCUGGCCUCAUGCCCAUAUCUUCUCGCGGAGGAUGUUCAGACUCAAGGUCUGCUCCCCCUUGCUCCGGACCAGGUUCCUCAGGCUUGCCGAUCGUACUUUUCUGAGAGCGGCGGCUUGAAGCCAAGACUGUCAUUCCGAGAGAGACGACUCGGCCCUUUCCAGGAGACACUGGCAAGAAUCUUGGACAUACUGCGAUGCGCCUACUUCCUGGCUGAGGACAACUUGUGCCCUCUUGCCGUCCACGUCUCCGAGAAAGGCCUUGUUUUUGAGUACAAGGAAGUGCCUAUCGCGAACGAAGAUACUUCCCAGCCGAUGUCGAUUGUGAAUUCUCCCGUGGGGGAAAUCAAGAGCAACACCAGGACCGCAAGUCGACAUCGCACCGUCUCGGAGAACUCACAAACAGAGAACCGACUUGCGUCCAAGGUGGACACGAGGAGGUCUUUUGUUACAUCUAUUGAGACACAGCCUCCCCAUGAGCAGUCUGUACCUGACGAUGCUGAUAACACUGUUAUCAACAUGCUUGCUCCUUUCCUUAGGCCCCCUACCCCUGAGCAGGCCCAGUCUGGUCCCCGCUUCACUGAUGAGACCUCAUACGGAAUGCACAGCAUAACUGCGAACGAGGUCUUCGGGAUGCUUCAGGCCGACACUAGCCCUACCACAGGCUCCAUGCCUGCUGGCAAGUUUGAACCUCUUCCCUGGGACUGGGUCUACACCCCUACACCUCACAAGGGUAACGAUGCCUCGGUCUCAUACAAGGAUGCUUUCGAAGCUCCCAUUAGUCCCAACUUUUCUGCACGGAAAAUGUCACGAACUGUCAGCACAUUCGAGGACCCCUUCACCAAUCCUACCCCUCAGCUACCAACCAUGCCGACUCCCCGAGCUGGCAGUGGCAUGGUGGCAAGUCCUCGUGUUAGCUCAGCUGCCGAAGAGGCCCAUCGCAACAACUUGCUUCAAACUUUCAGUAGCUCUAGCGCCCCUCGUACUUCGGUGUCCAGCCAAUGGGGUCAGAAUCACAACCGCACGUCCACUGAGACAGCAACUCAAUCAUAUGGUCAUCACCAAGCCCCGAACGGCUACGCUACAUCUCCCUCUUUGUCUGCGUUCUCCCACCCAAGCAGCUUGUAUCAAGGCACACCUGCUAAUGGGGCUACUUUCGGCAUGCCGACUGGAGCUGGCUAUAUGGACAUGAGCCGCUACGAUCGAAAUCGCAUUCAGGACCCUGCACCAUCCUCGUCAGGCCGACGUUUCCAGAUGGAUGAAACGACAUCCAGUUAUGAUGCCGCCAUCCUGCAGGCUGCCUUUUACGGCAAUAAGUAGAAGCAUGGGCUGUUCUUGUAUGUGAUCUUAUCUAGUCG